AUGCAUGUGCCUGAGAACCAAGUUGUUACGAUGGAAGAACAUAUAUUACCGAAGAAAAGAAAUGAUAAAAAAAAGUGUUCGAUCUCUGGCUACAUAACGAUAUUAAACUGGUUACCGAAAUACUCUCGUUUGAAUGCUGUUUCGGAUUUAGUAGCUGGAUUCUCCCUAGGAUUAACUUUAAUUCCACAGAGCAUUGCAUACGCUGCACUUGCAAGCUUAACAGCCCAGUACGGUCUCUACUCCUGUAUAAUGGGAAGCUUUAUAUAUGUAAUUUUUGGAACAAUCAAAGAAGUAUCCAUUGGGCCCUCCUCCUUGAUGUCCCUCCUAACUUUGGAGUAUACUAGAAACAUGCCGAUAGACUUUGUUGUACUCUUCAGUUUUCUCGCUGGAUGCGUGGAAUUACUUAUGGGCGUACUACGUUUAGGAUUUUUAGUAGAUUUUAUAUCGAUGCCGGUCACAUCGAGCUUCACAUCGGCAACUUCAAUUAUCAUAAUCAUAUCACAAUUGCCAGGACUGUUAGGAAUAAAAGCUAAAGGGCACACUACUGCUGAAAACAUUGUUAAAAUAUGUCAGAAUUUGACAAAGAUUCGAAUACCAGAUUUCAUCCUUGGACUUUGCAGCAUUGCGUUUCUUCUAUUCUUCAGAAGAUUGAAAGACAUCGACUGCUGUUUUACGGAUGAUACCGACGAGACGAAGAAUAGCAAUAAAAGAAAAGUUAUAAAAAAGACCUUAUGGUUUCUUUCUAUUUGUCGCAACGCGCUAGUGAUUCUAAUUACUGCCAUAAUAGCAUUUUGUCUGGAGAGAGCAGGAUCGUCACCAUUUAUUCUUUCAGGAAAAAUAGAGUCAGGACUUCCAAAAUUCUCGUUGCCACCUUUCUCCUCUCAAAUUGGAAAUCAAACUUUCACCUUUAUGGACAUGUGUUACCAUUAUGGCACAGGAUUAAUCAUAUUGCCCCUUGUGUCGGUGUUGGCGAACGUAGCAAUCGCUAAAGCAUUUGCGGACGGCAGUAGCGUAAAUGCGACCCAAGAAAUGUUAACUUUGGGUUUGUGCAAUAUACUGGGAAGUUUUGUUUCGUCGAUGCCAGCUACAGGUGCAUUUACCAGAAGUGCAGUGUUUUCUGCCAGUGGUGUGCGAACACCUAUGGCUGGUGUUUAUGUCGGAACAAUGUCGCUAUUAGCGUUAAGCUUCUUGACACCAUAUUUUUAUUACAUUCCACGUGCUACAUUAUCAGCUGUAUUGAUAAGUGCUGUGGCGUUUAUUAUAGAUUUGAAAAUAAUACCAUUACUCUGGAAAGGAUGCAAAAGAGAUGCUAUCGCAGCAAUAUUUACAUUUUUAGUCUGUAUCAUCGGCGGUGUGGAAUUGGGGCUUUUAGUCGGUGCUCUCUUUAAUUUAAUUUUUUUUCUUCGACCAUCGGCGAGACCAAAGAUUGAGAUGAUUCAAUGCAAGGCACAACUUGGCGACAAAUACAUAAUACUCAAACCAGACACCGGAUUAUUUUAUCCUGCCACAAACUAUUUUUGCAGUAAAAUAACAGAGAUAAUUCGACAAAACGAUGAAAGUAAUAUUGCAUUUAUAAUUGACUGUGAAAGAAUUCGCAAUAUUGAUUACACUGCCAUAAAGAGUAUCGAAUUGUUACUGACAAAUAUCAACGCAGAAAAAAGGAAACUAUGGUUCCUCCAUGUCAAUCCAAAAUUAUAUGAAAGUAUUAUAACGUUUUCUAAUACUAAAUAUUUUUAUUUCAUCAACGAGGAAGAUAAAAUAUCAUCGAUCUUUUAUGAUGGUAUUCUGAUAAGUAAUAAAGAAGAAACGAAAGAGAAACCUUUAGAAUACAUGACAGAAAAUGCAACGUUUACGUGCAAUAGUGACAAUCCAAAUAAUUUAGAAAUUCUUCAUAAUUGUACAACGAAAUCCGAAGAGGUUGCAGAAGAAAUGGAAUUAAUGUCACCACAGUCAUCGGAGACAAAAUAAAAUUAAAAUGAUAAUGAUAAUUUAUUAUUAAACAUGAAAUCAAAGCAAUAAAAAACGUACAAGAGAUGUUACAUUAAUGAUGAA